UUAACGCUAUCUAGCCAGCUUGCAAAGCGUGGGAAAGUUGUUAGUAGUGAAAGUGCCACGUCUUCUAAGAGGGAGAGUCCUGAGCCUGCCAGAGGCCGUUGUCCCUAAGCCUAGAACUGCCUUUUUAACUCUGUGCAGUCGGGGGCCUUUUCUCCUUUCGCAGUGACUUCUUUCCAGGGUCAGUAGUAACAUGAGGUUUUUCUUCUGGAACUCGAUCUUUACGUUGUUAAUCACGUCUUUGAGUGGAGCUCUGAUCCCGGAGCCAGAAGUGAAAAUUGAAGUCCUCCAGAAGCCAUUCAUCUGCCACCGCAAGACCAAAGGAGGGGAUUUGAUGUUGGUCCACUAUGAGGGCUACUUAGAAAAAGAUGGCUCCUUAUUUCACUCCACUCACAAACAUAACAAUGGUCAGCCAAUUUGGUUCACUCUGGGCAUCCUGGAGGCGCUCAAAGGCUGGGACCGGGGCUUAAAAGGAAUGUGUGUAGGAGAGAAGAGAAAACUCAUCAUUCCUCCUGCCCUGGGCUACGGGAAAGAAGGCAAAGGUAAAAUCCCCCCAGAGAGCACACUGAUAUUCAACAUCGACCUCUUGGAGAUUCGAAAUGGACCAAGAUCCCAUGAGUCAUUCCAAGAAAUGGAUCUCAAUGAUGACUGGAAACUCUCUAAACACGAGGUGAAAAUGUAUUUAAAGAAGGAGUUUGAAAAGCAUGGCGCGCUAGUGAAUGAAAGUCAUCAUGAUAUUUUGGUGGAAGAUAUUUUUGAUAAAGAAGAUGAAGACAAAGAUGGAUUUAUAUCUGCCAGAGAAUUUACAUAUAUACAUGACGAGUUAUAGUGAUGUCUUCCUACUUCAUAUAGCAUCUAUCUUUAAAGAGAAGGCAGUUGUCUUUAAAGGAAAAAACUGAAAUGUUCUGGUUUUGCUUUUUAAAAUUUUUAUAUUAUUUUUCUGACGAUUAUUUAAAGAAUUCUUUAGGGUUUCUAAAUACUUCUUUCUGGUAAGUUAUUAGGAAGAAACAAUUUGUUUUUGCACGGUAGACUUCUGGACCAUUUUUCACCCUUGUAUUGUGCCAUUUGUAAUUUUGAAAUACUGCCACCACCAACAUGCCACCAUGUAAGACCAGGUUAUUGCAUAAAUCGGUAGCUUGUAUUUCUACUUCCCUCUAUAUUCUCAGAGUUAGAUACUGACGUUUAAAUAGCCUUUUACAAUAUCCCAAAGCUUGUUGUUUUCAUGUUAUAAUGAAACAGUUUGUCUUGAACUGUUUUGGAGUCGCUGCUUGAAGACAGGAAGAAAAUGGCAGACUUUGUGCUUGCAGUUACUGCUUUAUUGCAACACAGAAGGGAGGAACAGUUUGUGGGUAUGUGUGCACUGGAACAUUCUGCUUAGGACUAAAACUAAGUAAGACUUUUUCAUAAUAGCUAAUGGAGCUACUAAGGUAAACAUAAUAGGUUAUUUAUGUCUUUUCUUUUUUGG